AUGCGGGCGGCGCGGAGCCUGGGAGAGCGCGCUAGAGCCAUGUUCUCCGGAUUCCUAAAAGCCUGCCAGCGAAGCCUGCGCGCCCGGCGCCCGGGCUGUGUGCUCCGCUCCGAAGCCGGCGCCCAUCUGGGCGCCCCGCCCGAUAUCAGCGCUGUUCGUGGGAGGACCACUGUCACCCCGCAGGGCUGGCAGGGGGUCGUCCACAGCUUCGAGUGUUGCUUCUGCCCAGGAGGCAGCCGAGGGGUGUGUGCGCUCACAGUGGACGUGGUGGCCUGGCGCCGGCGCUGGUUCGUGCUACGACGUGGCCGCAUGCGCGGGGACCCCGACGUGCUCGAGUACUACCGCAGCCAGCGUGCCAGCAAGCCCAUCCGCGCCAUCGACCUGCGCGAGUGCGCCGUGUGGCGGCACGCAGGUCCCGGCUUCGUGCGCAAGGAGUUCCAGAACCACUUUGUGUUCAUCGUCAAGACUGCGGCCCGCACAUUCUACCUGGUGGCCAAGACUGAGGACGAGAUGCAGCGCUGGCUGCGUAGCAUCAGCCAGGUGUGCAACCUGGGCCACCUGGAGGCCGGGGCAGCAGAUGCCGUGGAGAGCCUCUCUCGCGCCGCCCUGCCGCCGUCCCGGGCCAGCUCCCUCCGCACCGGCCAGGCUGUUGGCCCCUCCUCGCCUAGAGAGGACACAAGCGCUAGUGCUGUAGCAACUGAGGACAGCAGAAGUGAGUCAGAGUUUCUCUUCCUUCCCGAUUAUCUGGUUCUGUCCAACUGUGAGACUGGAAGACCGCACCACGCCAGCCUCCCCAGCAGAUGCGACAGCUGGUCAAACUCAGACCGCUCCCUGGAGCAGGCCUCCUUCGACGACGUUUUUGUGGACGGGCCGCCGCCGUCCGCUACCGCCCUGGCCCAGCCCUCCCGCCAUGCCAGCGGCGCCCGGGAGGCCCCGGCCCCCAGGCCCCAGGCCGCGCGGCUCUGGAGCGGUGGGCCGGUCCGCGACUGUCUGUCCUGCUCACAGUCGCUGGACCCUUCCUUCAACUCCCCCAUUCAGGGGGAGCAAAACCAAGGUCCGCUGCGCUAUGGGGUAAGAGACCUUGACUUGACGUCCGCCACGCCCCCGCCACGCCCCCCAAAGCCCAGCCAUCUCUCUGAACGGCGCCCCGAGGAGCAGCUCCUGCGCACUGCAGGCCCCAGUGCCUUCAGGCAGCCGGGCGGCGCUGUGGUGCCCAGAAGAAUCUCUCUCUCGGGUUUGGACAACAUGCGAGCCUGGAGAGCUGACGUGGGAGACCAGCCCUUAAGGCACCGGGAGAAGCGGCUGAGUUUAAACUUGCCCUGCAGGUUCUCCCCGAUGUGCCCGACUUCUUCCUCCGGGGCGGAGGACAGCUACGUGCCCAUGCAGGCCGCCGCCUCUAGUCGGGGACGCCCCUGCAGCCCUGAUGAGUACAUCCCCAUGAACUCGGGCAGCUUGUCGAGCCCACUGCCUGCGCUCCCUGCGGACCUGGAGCCGCCCCCAGUGAACAGAGAUCUCAAGCCUCAGAGGAAAUCACGGCCACCACCCCUGGACCUGCGGAGCCUGUCCACCAUCCGGGAACAUGCGGCACUGAGCAGGGCCCGCACUGUGCCCGGCAAUCGAAGCAGCUUGCUCUCUCCAGACAGAAAUGGCUUCGGUUCCGCCAGGUUCUUUGCCAGUCCUGCUCCCAGAGAAGAGGAGGGGAGCUAUAUGCGCAUGGAGGAGCACAGAGCAGCCAGCUCUCUCAUGUGGACGAGGACCUGUGGCCUAGAUUAUCUAGCCCUGGAUUUCAACUCUGCGUCGCCAGCCCCUGCACAACAGAAACUUCUUUCAGAAGAGCACAGAGUGGACUACGUGCAAGUGGACGAGCAGAAGACGCAGGCGCUGCAGAGCACCAGGCAGGAGUGGACGGACGAGAGGCAGUCCAAGGCGGACUUGGAUGAGCGCGCGCCGCCUGGGCAGCCUUGAAGCCACGGGGGAGGCUGUGCAGACCCGCAAUGAGCCAGCCCCCAACUCCUCUCCCCUUUGUGGUCAUCCACCAGGUGCUGUUACCCUUGAGGGGAUGUGUGUGCAGCCAGGGUUUCUGCGUUGCUGCGUAGGGUCCCCCCUCCCUAAGAGCAGGGUGCAAGCCUUUCCUGGACUGCCUGCUUUCUUAGGAGCAGCCUAGUGUUGCCCCCCUCCCGGAGCGGGGGCACAGAUUGUCGCUGGCAUUGUGUGCUGGACCCGAACUUUCACGCAAUAAACACUUCUGACCAGAAAAACCUGCCAGCCUGCCAGGCAACAGAGACGCGGUGGGUGGUGAUGAGGUUCCGAGAGCGCGACACCCCCACUUAACGAGGGCAUUGGGUCACCCCUUCUUUUAGGGGGCUCUGAGGUCAAGGGACCCAGAGCAGAGUCUCAGUGGGGCGUGGGGUUUUACUCAAUCACCCUUCCUGCCUCCUCUGAGCACCUGCAGUGUAAAGACAGAUGUGAACAGCUGGGCACCAGGCAGACCUGCCGCUCCGGGGUUCCCACAUGUGGGUGGGCCAGGCAGGUCCGGGGCAUCAGGGUUACCAGUCCCGGGGCUGUGGGCUUUGCUGUGGCGUGUUGGGGUUCCAGACCGCCCCCAAGGGAGGGAAAGUCCAAGUCUGGGCAGGCCAUCGAGGAAGUCGUCUUGCCGCGCCCGCGCCAGGCUGGAGACACCACAGGGGACACGCGUUGGCUGGUGCCGCACGCGAGUCUGACUCGGCUGACCAGGACCCCGGUCUGCAGAGCGUCUCCCGGGACACGUUGCCUGCGCAGAGCAACACACUCGCGCGCUGUCGCUUGCAUGGAAGUCAUUCACUUGGGAUUUGUUUUAAAUGACUUCGCCCUCAUCCUAGGGCUGGAAAUAAGCAGCUAUGUCCACCUUGUAGAGAACUGCAAAUGGACAGUUCCGCAGAAGCGUGACGAUUUGGGGAAACUACCUCAAAAACAGGUAGUUUUGAGCUGGCAGUGGCACAGAUUUCUGAAAACAGAAGUGAGAACGAUGCUGGAAAUGCCUCAUUUUCGGCAGAGAUAUUCCAUGUGUUAAUGGGACUAGAAUUUUCACCAGGGGCUGACGUCAGCCGCCUUUUUUCUCUAAGAAAAUGAUCAUAGAUACCAUUCUUUCUUUUUUUAAGAGAAAGUAAUGAGAUGCCAUUUGGAAUUUUAUUUCAAAAGCAGUUUGCCUUGGUUCGCUAGCAAGAGACAAAAACACAAGUCUUCUGUACGUUAGUGACGACAGUGAUCACAGCAGAAAAAAGAUGAGUCAGCGUUGCGUAUCCCAGCACCAUCCUAAGUCAAGUGAAUACUGUGCAGGGAAGAACUUUCUAGCAGAUUUGGGCCUCGCCGCAACAGGCAAUGCCUUCCAUCUCUUUCCGUUAGCAGAUUCCUCCAGAUCAGGGGGUGUUUGUGCAGGAGGCCAAGGAGCUACGCUGUGUCUAUAGAUCCAAGUCAAACGAAGCUGACCCCCUCCCCCCGCUUGGACCCGACUUCCUCUUCUCAAGGCCUCUUCACUCCUGGUUUUGAGAAAUUCACGUGUUUUCACUGUGUGGUAAUCUGGCAUCAAUAAAAGUCUGUUGAA